AUGCCUGGUUUGGGCGCAAUGGGAGAGACUAAUCUGACCCCUUCCCAAAUCCAAUCGGGAUGGUCUGCCCCUUCUUCACGUACUCAUACUCCUGCAGCUGCGGCUGUGCCGCCUCAUGUAUAUUCUCCCAUGUCUUUUGAUCAAAUGUUGGAUCAUGAGCUUCUUGAUAUGGUUGCACAAAAUAUGAUUGUAUUAAAAAAGGAAUUCUUGCAACUACAAGGAGCCUAUGAGGCACAAGGAGAUCAAUUAGCUCUAUUAAGAGCUGAACUAGAAGAACAUCGCGAGCAAUCGCGUAACCAGCAUAUAUUUUAUUCCAACCAAAUCCAAGGAGCGGCUGCUUCUAUACAAGUGGUGCAAGACCAUCUUAUUCAUCUUUCCCCUUCUCGCUCCACAGCUCCUCCUCCCCCACCUCCACCUGCUGGCACCAGUACAGCCACAAAUAUUCCUCCUGCUCCCAUAACGUCUUCCUCCAAUUUAAAAUUUGCCAAGCCAAACAAGUUCAGUGGCAAAAAGGAAGACGCACUCAAUUUCAUCAUUGCCUGCCAAGCUUACAUAAGGGCAAAAGGGGCCAACCAAUCCCACGAGGAAAAGAUUUUGUGGGUUACAUCAUAUUUUGAGGGAGCUGCUGAAGACUGGGUGCGCCCAUAUAAAGAAAGGAAGGUGUUUAGGGGAGAAGCAGUGCCUCUUUUGGAAGAUAUUGACAUUUUUUGGGCCGAGUUUACUAAGCAUUAUGUGGACACUAAUUGCGAUGAGAAAUAUUGGCAAAAAUGGAACAACUUGCGACAGAAGGCUUUGGUCCAGGAAUAUACUUGCGAAUUCCAACAGUACUCAGUCUCUCUUGGGUACAGUGAUGAGACGCUGCGUGACAAAUACUACGACGGCCUCAAGAACGAGAUUAAGGACAUCAUGCUUUCAACAAUGUUCCAGUGGCGUCGCGCUACCGCUCAGCAAGUCUACGACAAGGCAGAGGAGAUUGCAAAUCAUAUUGAAUCCACUCGCUUAUCCAACCCCUCUGCUUCUACCACUCGUGCCACUCCUACUGCUGUCCCCACUUCCAAUUCCAACCCCACUCCCACUCGUACUCGCCUUAAUGUUGGGGACAAUGUUUAUAUGAUCGAUCCCACCACUCGUUGCGCCAAAAAGGGUGCUAUCACUUCCAUUGUUUGCACCACCUCUGGCAAUAUGCCAAAUGUGAGGUGGAAUGGGGAAACAAAAGAUACAAUGAUUCCAUUCCCAUCUCUCAAAAAGGACGAACGCCCUGCUGCAGCUGCCCCUGUCAAGACUAUCAUUGCCCCCACCCCUGUUCUAGCAUCUAAUUCUAAAGGCCCAGGUCCCAUGGAUCUUGAUGGAAGGGGCUUUUCAAACCUCACCUGCCACAUAUGCGGUGGCAAGGGACAUUUUGCGCGCAGCUGUCCUUCUAAGCCCAUGUCUGGACAUGUGGCUAAUAUUGAAUGGUCUUGGGAAAGGCCUAAAGAAGAAAGUCGUAUUGAAGUAGUUUCUGAUGAGGAAGAGUCGGGAAAAGGAAAAGCCAAGGCCAACUAA